GACGGAUUACUAGAAAUAUUUAGUAAAUAAACAAGAAUACUUGUAUGUAUGUGUUUGCUGGCCUAGGUUUAGGGUACUGAGUUUUUUUUUUCUGGAGGAGGUAGGGGACUUGACAAAAGGCAACUGUGUACUGUAGUACUAUAGUACACAGUAACUGAAGUGGUUCCUUGCAUCAGGCAAAAGGUACUACUUGGAGUAUCAUUAUCUGUCAUGCUUUUGUAAAGAGAUAGAAAAUUCACCACUUGUUAAGACUGGAAACUUAUGUGGAACUACUAAAGGUAAGAUCUAGGCAGCGUCUAAAACUUGUAUCAUCCCCAGUAUCCAAAUGCCUUUUCUUUUUAUAGUGCUCGCACUCAUUUUAAGUAUGUAAAUAAAUAUAUAAAUGUGUAUGUAUAAUUUCCAUUUAGAAGAGUAAUGCAAAAAUAGCUUUGUUGCCUUUUGUCAUCCUUUCCGCUGGUGGCUGUUCUCUGAUACAGGCAAAACUUGGUAGCUUCACCUGUUUCAGAUGCGCCAUUUUGCCCAUCUCCGCCCCAUUUAAGAUCUCUCACUCCAUGUUGAGAUAUUGUCCCUGGCCUUCAAACGGACCAUGACGAUCCAUACAGGUUUACAACACCAGAUAAUUUGGCCGUGCCAGCCCAGCUGCGUGCCACUGGAUGAGAAACUCCUCCCAGAGCUACUUAAAGAGGCUGGAUACGUGACUCACAUGGUGGGGAAGUGGCAUUUAGGGAUGUACAGAAAAGAAUGCCUUCCAACCCGCAGAGGAUUUGAUACUUACUUUGGCUAUCUUCUGGGGAGUGAAGACUACUAUUCUCAUGACCGUUGUGUCCUCAUCAAAGCAAAGAAUGUAACACGUUGUGCUCUGGACUUUCGAGAUGGAGAAGAAGUUGCAACUGCAUUUAAAAACAUGUACUCCACUAAUUUAUUCACAGAAAGAGCUAUAGAUCUCAUAGCCAGUCACAAAACCGAAAAGCCCCUCUUUCUCUACCUCGCUUUUCAGUCUGUCCAUGAACCUCUUGAGGUUCCUGAAGAAUAUAUGAAACCAUAUUCUUCCAUUAAAGAUGUAAAGAGGCGCCAUUAUGCAGGGAUGGUGACUCUUAUGGAUGAGGCUGUAGGAAAUCUUACCGAUGCUCUGAAAAGAUACGGUCUUUGGGACAACACAGUUCUUGUUUUCUCUACUGAUAAUGGAGGACAGACUUUGGCAGGUGGGAAUAACUGGCCACUGAGAGGAAGAAAAUGGACCCUCUGGGAAGGAGGAGUGAGAGGAGUAGGCUUUGUUGCAAGUCCUUUGCUGAAACAAAAAGGUGUAGAGAGUCAUGCACUCAUCCAUAUCUCUGACUGGCUGCCAACACUGGUGCACCUAGCUGGAGGACAUACUAAUGGCACUAAGCCUUUGGAUGGCUUUGAUGUUUGGAAAGCUAUCAGUGAAGGAAGACCUUCCCCCAGAGUGGAACUGCUACAUAACAUAGACCCCAUGUUUGUGGAUGACUUCCCAUGUCUUGGCAUUGACAACAGGACAUCUUUACCACAGAGCAAUUCUUCUCCAUGGGAUGAUACACUUUUCAAUAUAUCCAUGCAUGCAGCAAUCCGACGUGGAAAAUGGAAGUUACUAACUGGAUAUCCAGGCUGCAGUCAUUGGUUCCCUCCACCAUCUUUGUUCAAUGAGUCAGAGAUUCAAUCAUCUGAUCCACCAACAAAGAGACUCUGGCUAUUUGAUAUUGUUCAUGAUCCUGAAGAAAAAAAUGAUUUGUCUGAAAAAUAUCCUCAUGUGGUAGAAAAACUGCUGUCACGGCUUCAGUAUUAUUAUAAACAUUCAGUGCCCGUGUUUUACCCUGAUGAGGAUCCCAACUGUGAUCCAGCAGCAACUGGAGCUUGGGGUCCUUGGGCAUAGUGCACAGCACUGCAUCCUGCAAAACAAUCCUGUAGUGGAGUCUGGUUUAUGGACUCAGGGUCCUAGUCACAUAUUUCUUACCUUGUUUAUUAAACUAUUGCUAAUUGUGAGCUCAUUCCUUGAGUAAUUCAGUAUUUCUUACACUUAAAAUAUGUUGGGGAUCUUAUUUCAGUCUUUUCCCACUCGUUCCUUCCCAACAAUUUUAUGUGAAAUGUUGGUAAAAUUAUAAAUCUAUUGUGAAAAUAUUCUUUGUCCAGAAUAUGCUUUUAAUGCAGAAGGUAAAACAUUGCCUCCCUCCUUGAAUCAUGGCAGCAAGGAUAUCCAGAAUGCAUCCAUCUUGUGGAAUAAACUGAUUUUUGGUUUCGUGUUUA